UCCACUGUCAAAUCAAAUCCUUUCUUUAUUAAUCAAUCAUCUUUCUUUUUUUUCGAGAAAACUAAUCAAUCAUCUCCCUCCUUAGACUCUCUGUUUUCUCCAAAAUGGCCACCCCAAGCGAAGCAUCAGCUCUUUCCUUCAUCAAGAAGCAUCUUCUGGACGAAUCUUCUCCGCUGCCUAAUGUCAGCACCACCAAUCCAUGGAUAGCUUCAGAAACAAUCUCCGAUUUAUCAAUCUUCGGUUCAUUUGACCAAACCGGUUUUGAUUUUCCUGAAUUUGAAAUAAAACCGGAAAUAACCAAUCUCGUGAGUGAGUCAUUUGAAUUCGAACCGGAGACGAAACCUGAAAUUCAACUACCAUCGAACGAUCCCUUCACGUUCCAAUCGAAUCCACGUGGCGUUUCUGGUUCAACCUCGCGAUCGAACCGGAAACCGCCGUUGAAGAUCGAGCCGCCGAACAGAACCGAGUGGAUCCAAUUCGCAACCGGAAAUUCUGAACCGGAGCAGCUUCCCGUACACGUGGCCGCAGAAGAGAAGAGGCAUUACAGAGGAGUGAGGAUGAGGCCGUGGGGGAAGUUCGCGGCGGAGAUCCGAGAUCCGAACCGUCGGGGAACUAGGGUUUGGCUAGGGACGUUUGACACGGCAAUCGAAGCCGCUAGGGCUUACGACCAAGCAGCGUUUAAGCUCAGAGGGUCAAAGGCCAUUGUGAAUUUCCCGCUUGAGGUUGGGACGUGGAAUCCACGCGAUGACGUUUUACAGAACAAACGGAAGCGAUACGGAGAGGAAGAAGUGGAGGUGGUUACGAAAGUGGUAAAGACGGAGGAGAGUCACGUCGUUGAGACGGAAUCGUCGAGUUUGACGGCGGUAAAUGACUGGGACUUGACAGAGUUUAUGAGCAUGCCGCUUUUAUCGCCGUUAUCUCCACACCCUCCGUUUGGUUAUCCACAAUUGACUGUUGUGUAAAUGUUAUUCUCUCUGGCGGGUCAGCUUGUUGUACGCUGACGUGGAAAUGCGGCGUACACGUAGUCGUUUGAUCUCUUUGCUUUCUUUUGUUGCACAUUGGAGAAGAUAUAUUCAUUUAUUUGUUUUCUUUUUAAUAAGAUUUUCAAACUUCAAGUUUUAAACUCGUGUGUUUAAAAAUAAAAUAAAAAAGUUUCAAACUCG